CCUCCUAAGCGGAGAGGCACCUGGUCCAGGCAGACAGCAUGGGAAGCCCCCUCUCAUCCAUCUGCGCGAUGCACAAGGGUGACAUGAAGUUGGUCUGUCGCUGCCUGGAGCGCAGGACCAGGGGUUCCCUCGGCUCCCCAGUUUCCUCAGAACCCCUCCUCCGUCCCCCUGGGAGCCAGGGCCAGGCUCCCCGAGGGGCUGUCCACCGGCGGAAGGAUGCUAGCAAGACUAACGCCUCCCUGUCGGCGAGGGGACAGAGCCCUGGGGCUCUGCGCCCGCGGGGGCCAGCCCCUGCCCUCCCCCGAGCCCGCCGGGGCCGUAGGGGAAGCGGAUCCCGCUCUUUCGUUUUCGUUUCCCGGAAGGAUAGCGAUUACCGGAGAGCCCUGCGCGCCUGCUCGCCCCGGGAACCCAAGCGCAGGCUACGCCGCGCUUCUCGAAAGAAUUUCCUCCCACGCGACCUUUCAGUGUUCGGGGCCAAGUUAGGGGUUUGGGGAAGGAGCGCCUGAGAGCGCCAGCCUAGGGCCCAGCAGCCGCAGCCAGUGGAGCGCUCACGACGGACGGCCGAGUGGCUCCCUCGCCUCCACCUGUAAUGCAGGAGGGAGCACUGGCCAGUUCUCCUGUGAGCCCCGAGGCAGCCACACCGUCCCCAGGCACCCAGGCCCAAGCCAGAUGUGCCUCUCGAGUGAACCUGCUGGGCGAGGGGGGAAUCUGCAAGCUGCCAGGAAGACUCCGCAUCCAGCCGGCGCUCUGGAGCAGGGAGGAUGUGCUGCACUGGCUGCGCUGGGCCGAGCAGGAGUACGCUCUGCAGCGCACCGGGGAGCACGGGUUCGAGAUGAACGGCCGCGCCCUCUGCAUCCUCACCAAGGAUGACUUCCGGCUUCGCGCACCAGGUUCAGGUGACGUCCUGUAUGAGCUGCUCCAGUACAUCAAGACCCAGCGGCGAGCCCUGGUGUGUGGGCCCUUUUUCGGAGGGGCCUUCAGGCAGAAGAUACCCCCUCGGCACUGCCCCUGCCCCCUGGAAGAGGGGACCGGGCCUUCUCAGGUGGCCCCCCGAAGGGACCUCCUGCAGCAGCCACCAGACCUGGGGCUUGCCAGCUCCUUGAACCACCUGGAUGCCCCUGGCCUGGCCAGCUGGCCCCUCGGCACGGAGGAGUCCCUCAACCUACCUCACUGUGUGGAGUUCGGCUGCAGGGCUGAGGGGGCCUGCCCCUGCCCCCCAGUGCCGCAGGCCCCCAUCGACGGCAAGAUUGCAGACUGCCGGCUGCUGUGGGAUUACGUGUACCAGCUGCUCUCUGACACCAGGUACGAGCCCUACAUCAGGUGGGAAGACAAGGACGCCAAGAUCUUCCGAGUUGUGGAUCCAAAUGGGCUCGCCAGACUUUGGGGAAACCACAAGAACCGGGUGAACAUGACCUACGAGAAGAUGUCCCGUGCCCUGCGCCACUACUAUAAGCUGAACAUCAUUAAGAAGGAACCGGGGCAGAAACUCCUGUUCAGAUUUCUGAAGACACCAGGGAAGAUCAUCCGGGACAAGGGCAGCCGCCUGGAGGAGCUGGAGAGCCAGGAGCAGGACAGGCUGGAUUUCAAGGAGAAGAUUCAGGAAGUCUCUCCAUGAGGAGCACGUGGACUCCGGGCACCAGGCACCGAUGGGGCAGAGACUGAGUCUCCCAUGAUGGCAGCUGGCCGCGCGGCGCCUCCUCCCUCCUCCCAGGGUAGCUGGGUUUUGUACUUGCGGGAUCACAGCUGUUGUCUCGGACCUCAGAGCUGCCUGGGGACCUGGGAGGGCUGAGAACUGGGAGGCCCCACAUCCAGGACACUAUGGGGGGCAUCAUUCUUUGCGCAGCCUUGGGGUAAGUGGGGACACAGGGAGUGAGCUCUCUCCCUGCCCUGCCCCUCGGUACCUGCCUAGCU